GAUGUCGGAGGGUCCGCUCACCUUACCGGUCCUCAUCCGGACCAUCCGGAGUGCCCGGACGCAGGCGGAGGAACGGGAAUUAGUACAACGGGAAAGCGCCAAAAUCAGGAGUGCAUUUCGGGGCGAUGAAUCGGGGAACCGGGCCUCCAAUUUGGCGAAACUGCUGUAUAUCUAUAUGUUGGGCUAUCCUGCCCACUUCGGACAGAUGGAGUGCUUGAAACUCAUCGCCUCCACCCGACUCCACGAGAAGCGGAUUGGCUACCUCGGGGCUGCCCUCCUAUUGGACGAGAAGCAGGACACUCACCUUCUCCUGACCAAUAGCAUCAAGAAUGACCUGCUACACAGCAACCCCUGGGUGCAAGGAUUGGCACUCAGCACCCUGGGCUCGCUUGGCUCGGCGGCCAUGUUGCAGGAUUUGGCUCAGGAAGUGCAGCAGCUGGCAAAAACCGGGCAGCACACCGUGCGAAGGAAGGCCGUGUCCUGUGCUGUACAUAUCACCCGGAAAGUACCCACUCUAGUAGAUAUGUUCACACCACUGGGAGAGCAACUGUUGAAGGAACAAAUUCAGAGCAUCCUGUACAGCACCAUUCUAUUAAUUACGGAGAUGUGUGAAAAAAGCCCGCAGGCCCUCAAACAUUUCUCCAAGUUUGUUCCUCAGCUGGCCGGAGUAUUGCGCAAUCUGGUGGUGGCUAGGUAUUGUCCGAAUAACACAAUUGCGGGCAUCAGUGAACCUUUCCUCCAG